AUGUCGUUCCAUGGCUACGAUCCCGGGGAUCGUAACACGGAUCUACAGGAUCAGAUUGUUACGCUUCUGUCCGACUCUAUACGUAUCACAAAAGAUAACCAGUCGACUAUAAUUAAAAAGGUAUUUCAGGUGCUUGCCCCGGACCCCAAGCUUUGUAUUUUUGUUCGUGUGGCGGAAGUGACUCUGCAGAUAGCGGAUGACAUUGACGCGGUUAUUACAAUGGAGUCCUUAAGAACAUAUAUUCCCAAGCUUAUUCCGGCAACCAAAUCAUCUAUUGAAGGUUUGGAGAAAGUAGGGCUUGAUAGCUGGGAAAUCAAAUCUAUUAUUAAACUGACACCAUCUUGUGUUAUUUGUAUGGAGGACCUUGAUUACUCUGUAGAAGAAGAAGAAGGGGUAGUUGAUCCUGAUCAUAAACGUCGUGGGAUCCUGAUCACUCGCAUGCCAUGUUUGCACUAUUAUCAUGAAGAUUGCAUUGUUCGUUGGCUGGAGAUCAAUCACUGGUGUCCCAUUUGCCGAUACCCAAUGCCAACUGGAAACCCUAACCCUAGCCUUAAUAAGAGAGCUAGGCUGCAUUAG